CGCGCGCUCCUCUCCCGCGUCGCGCCCGUCGUCGUCGUCGCGCCCGUCGUCGUCGUCGCCGUUGUCGGUCCCGUCGCCGUCGCCGUCGCCGUCCUCGAGCGACCGCGCGUCGACCGACCGAUCGAUCCCUCCGCGCUUCGUUCAGUUCCCUCCGACGCGGUCUGUCUGUCGAGAUCGAUGUUUACAUCUUCCGACGCGCUCUCGCCGCUUCGGACGGCGACGCCGUUCGCGGCGAGCGCGAUCGAGGGAAAGCGACGCCGCGCGACGCUCUCGGACGCGGAGAACCUCGCCGUCGGCGCGUUCGGGGGCAUUGUCGAGACGUGCGUGCAGAUGCCGCUCAUCACGUUCAAGAUUUGCGUCCAGAGCGGGAAACCGCUCCCGUCCAACGUCGCGGGUUGGUACCGCGGCGUCGUCGCCGCGGCGGCGCCCAUCGCGCCCAUCACCGCGAUUCAAGUCGCGGUCAACGGCGCGAUCGAGCGCUCCGUCACCGGCGGCGUGCGAGACGCGUCCUCGGUCGAGCGCAUCGGCGUCGCGAUGGCCGCGGGCGCGACGUCGUCGAUCCUCUACUCCCCGGUGGACCUCAUCGUCAUCCAGCAGCAGAAGCGCGGGCUCGACUCGGCGGCGGCGACGAUCAAAGCGAUCGCGUCCGAGCACGGCGCGCUCGCGCUGUGUCGCGGGCUGUCCGCGUGCGUCGUCCGCGAGGCAAUCUACACCGCGGGGUACCUCGGACUCGCGCCCAUCGCGACGGAGUCGCUCGUGAAGAGCGUCGACUACUUCAAGGAGAACGAGCUGACGGCGUCCAUCGUCGGGAGCUGCGUCGGCGGCACCGUCGCCGCGGUGUUGACGCACCCGGUGGACACGGCGAAGACGUGCGUGCAGAGCGACAUGGCGGGCGGGACGUAUCCCAACGCGCGCUCCGCGCUGAUGUCGGUGUACAACGCGAAGGGGAUCAAGGCGUUGUACGGCGGAGGCCUGGCGAGGACGGCGAGGCUGUGCGGCGCGUUCUUCAUCAUCAACACGAUUAGGGAUAGGGUGGUGACGUGGAAGACGGAUCGCGAGGAGGCCGCAGCCGCGGGGGGGGCGUGACGAGCCCGGCGGAGAAGAGAAGAGAGAAGAGAAGAGAAGAGAAGGAGGGAGGGAGGAAGGAAGCGCGCGGUUGUAUACGUAUACAAUGCAUUGAAUCUUUGAUU